CACCACACGCUCUCAUUCCCCAAGCCUUCAGCUUCGUUUGUCUGAAAAGCUCUUCGCCAUUACCCUUCACGUCUUUCUCUCCUCUCAGUCUUCCUCUUCACAGAAGGGAAAAUGGGCACUCGCAUUUCCCAUUUUACCCCUAUCAUUUUCCUCUAUUUCCUCCUCCUGUCCUCUCCUCCUUCCCCAAUCCUUGCCCUAAACAUCUCUUCCCUCCUCUCCUCCUUCCCCGACCUCUCCCAUUUCGCCGCCCUUCUCUCCGCCUCCUCCAUUCUCUCAGAUCUCAACCACCGCACCUCCCUCACUCUCCUCGCCGUCCCCAACUCCUACCUCGACGCCUCCUCCGAUCUCACCCGCCGCAUCCCUCCAUCCUCCCUCGCCGAUCUCCUCCGCUACCACGUCCUCCUCCAAUACCUCUCCCCUUACGACCUCCGUCACAUCUCCCCUUCCGGCAAGCUCGUCACCACUCUCUUCCAAACCACCGGCCGUGCCACCAGCGAUUUCGGCUCCCUCAACAUCACUCGCAACCCUCUCGAUGGCAUCGUCUCGCUCCAUUCCCCUGUUCCUUUCUCCUCCUCCAAUGCUACUGUUCUCACUCUACUCAAGAAUCUUCCCUACAAUGUCAGUAUCUUCGCCGUUAAUGCUCUCCUUGUCCCCUACGGAUUUGAUCUCAUGGCCUCCGAGACUCGCCCGCCGUUGGGGUUGAAUAUCACUAGAGCUUUGAUCGAUGGUCAUAAUUUUAAUGUCGCUGCCUCUAUGCUCUCUGCUUCUGGUGUCGUUGAGGAGUUUGAGGCCGAUGAAGGCGGCGCUGGGAUUACGCUUUUUGUUCCCACUGACACGGCGUUUUCCGACCUUCCGGGGACGGUGAGCCUCCAGUCUCUGUCGGCGGAUAAGAAGGCGGUUGUGUUGAAAUUUCACGUGCUUCAUUCUUAUUACCCUCUUGGAUCUUUGGAAUCCAUUGUGAACCCUGUACAGCCGACUCUGGCCACCGAGGACAUGGGCGCUGGUAGCUUCACGCUUAACAUUUCGCGAGUGAAUGGCUCGGUUGGGAUCAAUACAGGGAUUGUUCAAGCAUCGGUGACUCAGACGGUGAUCGAUCAGAAUCCGGUCGCUAUUUUUGGGGUUUCGGAGGUGUUAUUACCGAGGGAGAUUUUCGGGAAUAGUCCGAUGAUGACAACCCAGCCUGGUAAUGAAAUUGUGUCCAGUGCUCAGCCGCCUGAUUCAAUGGCCAUGUCGCCGGAAUCUACUGGACCGCCAUUGCAUCUUUCAUCUCCACCUGGGUAUGGUGAGGAAAUCCGAUCUGUUGCCGUCGCUAAUAGCGGGCUGAAUUUCUUCAUUGCUCUCUGUAGUUGUUGUAUAGCAUUGUAUUGAUUUUUCCCCGUGAUAAUUGCUUUCAUGUUGCGGGUCUUCUUCUUCUUCUUCUUCUUCUUCUUCUUUCUCCCAUUUUAUGAGCAAGCCAAUUUUCCUGUUCCUGCAACUGUUCUGUUGAUUUCCAUGGCUGUCUCUGGUGUAAAUUAAAAGAGUUGAUAAUGAUUUUGGGGAUCUGGGUUUGUUUCAA